GUGAUAAAUGCGAGUGUACUUAUCGAAUAAUACAAUUGACGUUCACCGUUAACGCGAAAAAUGGCGUGGUUCGGUGACAGUUUAUCCAGCAUUUCCAGUUUAAAAGGACACAUCACGAAUCUCACGAGAGAGGUUUUAUCCGAUGGUAUUGUUGACGAAAUAGAUGAACGAUCAAAGGAGUUGAAGGAGGCGAACGAAAGAUGCAGCCAACUGCAGGACCUGCUCACCACGAAAGAUGCAGAGAUUUCUCUCCUGCGUCGACAGAAUUGCGAGCUCCAGAGAACUGUCAUCGAGAUAAACGCAAAGUCCAAGGAAUCGAGGGACGCGAAUCACACCGACGAGACCGAAGGGAUUUUCUGGGAACCAUCCUGCAUCGACAAUCGCAACGCGAGGAAUCAGAAUCAUGUACGCCAACUGCAGGAGCAAUUGGCACAAGCCACCGUGAAAGUACGCGAAUUAGAAUGUGAGCUAAAGCACGUUCAGAAGGUGGACGCAUCCUUCAAGGAUGAUAUAUCUGACGGACAUCAGAAGGCUGAGGUUGUACGGGCGAAACAAGACAUGCUGAAUCGCAUAAUACAAAUGGAAGAAAAGACUCGAGAAGCAGAACGGAACGCUAAACAUAUCCAUUUGGAUGAAGCCAGUCUUAUCAAUGAUUUUCGUUUAGUAAUAUCGAAAUUAAAUUCACGUGAAAAAUUUGACUUGAUCAGUGGAGCAUUAAAAGCUUUACAAAUCGAAAACGAGGCACAAAAGGAAACGGUUGAAAAGAUUAAGAAUCAUGAAAAAUCCGAUGAACUUGAAAAAGUCGAUGGUUUCGAAUGUAAUUCUUUAGCUAUCAAACACACAAAUUCGCAACAGGACAAACCGCAUGAUAUGACUGAGGCACUUUUGAUCAACAAAGAAGCAAUAUUACAAAAGAAAAUAGAAGAACUCCGAAAUGAAAAUAAAGAUCUUCUAGAUGCUAUGGAAAAAUUGGACGAGGAACAUACGCAGUCGAUUGAAAAAUUAUUAUCGCUCAAAGAAGAAAGUAAUAAGAAACAUCGCUCUCUACAAAAUGAGUACGAACAACUUUCCGUAGAUUACAAUGAGGCUAAGAAAGAAAUAAUUGAAUUACGAAAUGAUUUAUCGAAACACGAUGAAAAUACCUGUACAGAAACAAUUCAUCAGUUUGCUCAGACGGAUAAUGUGGAUAAAUCAGAUAAACACGUUCAAAUAAAAGUUUCUUCACAAGAAACUGACAUAGUCAGUUCAAAAGCAAGUAAACUAGACGAUAUUACCGAGAAAGUUAAAAUUAUUUUAAAGAACUGUACCAUAAGUAGUAUUGAACCGGGAGAAUCAAUCUUCGAAGCUAUUGCGAAACAAUACGUUGAUGCUAAAUGGAAGCUAGAUGUUUUGGAAAGGAAGAUCACUGAAGUUACUAGAGAUUUAAAGGAAACCGAAGAGAUGAAAGAUGGCUUGCAAAUGGAAUACGAAGAACUGCAAUCUCACAUAGACUCGUUAUUGUUAGAGAAAAAUAUGAGAAUAAAAUCGUGUCAGGGUUUAGAUUUGAAUUUGCCAUCUAUUCCUGAGGCAAGCGAAGAACGAGUAGCUUCUCUAGAAAUGGACAUUGAAUCUUUACGGGAAGAAGUAAAACGCCUCUUGACUGAGAACAAAACGAUACAAGAAACAAAUGCAACUUUGAUGCUUGCUGUACAAAGUAACGAAGUGCCUUUAAUAAACAACGAUGAUAUACAAGGAAAUGGAAAUCGCAAACUAUAUACACUUAUAGAGGAAAACAAAGAACUUCCAAUAGCUUUCGACGAGAGUAGAAAUUUAAACGAAGAUAUAAUAUCGAUCGAGCAAUUGAAGCUCGAUCAUGAAAAUGUGGAAGAAGAAUUAAAUCUAUCUGGAACAAAGUCAUUAGAAAUUAAUCUUGCAUCUUUGCAGGAAACUAUAAAUAAAUUAACAGAAGAAAAUAAAGAUUUAUUACGGAAGAACAAAUACUUGGAUAUGCAAUUACAUGACAAGAUUUUGUAUGAACAUGACCUACAAGAAGAAACUAGUUAUUUGUUGGAAGACUUGCAGAAACGACUCAAUAAAGCCAAUUGCGAAAAAUUAGAAAUGAAAAAUGAUGUUUUACAUAAGGAAGAACAACUGGCUACGGUGCAGAUUCAAGUUGACAUGAGACAAUCUGAAAUAGCAAAAUUGUAUCAGGAUAAUGACAGAUUAAUUAAAAAAAAUACAUCUCUGUCAGAACAAUUAACUGCUACGCACGAUGAAUCAUUGGAUAAGAUAGAGUUAUUGAAUACAGAAAUGUCGUUGCUUCAGCAAGAACAUGAAGAUUUGAAACAAGAAGUAUUGAUUUAUAAGGAAGAAUUACCUGUAUUGAAGGAAAAAUUGUACAAGGCACAACAGCAGUAUACAAAACUGGAAAAUGAAUAUUAUGCGUUUAAAUCGCAAAGAGAACAAUUUGAAUUACAUAAAAAAGAUAUUCAAAGUCAAGCGAUAGAAAUAAAAUCCGGAAAUGAAUCAAGUUUUAAAGAAUCGUUUACAGAAGAAUUAAAUUUGUUAAGAAACAGAUGUAAACUUUUGGAACAAGAAAUAGAAGUACUUCGUACUAAAGAAACACACGAAUUGAAAAAAAAUACUGCGGAGAUAUCUUUGACAAACAUUGACGAAACUAAUAAAGAGCAGAAACUUUCAAUUGCUGAAGAUAACUUAAUCGGAGUAAAAAAUACAGUUACAGACAUGAACAUAGGAAAGCAAGAUUUAAUGACAAGAGAUACGAACGUAACAUCUAACGAACAGCAAACAGAAAACAAAUCAAUUGUCGAUGAAGAAAGACGAGAAAAAGACAUCAUAAAAGCGUAUAAUGAAAACUUAAUGGACGAAAUUAACGAUUUGCGUAGCAAGUUACAAACCGCUUUCGAGAAUAAUAAAGAAUCAGCAGAAAUGGCUAAACAAACUAUUGAAGGUCUUUCUCAUAUUAUUCGAGAAAAAGACCAGGAAAUAAAUAUUUUACAAGCUGAGAUAACUCACGCGAAAAGUGUUAUCGCGCAGUCUUCGAACGAUCUUGCUGCAAUCAAAAAUCAGAAGAGUGAGGUUGAACAACUUGUCUCUAUUAAACACAAGGAAAACUUACAAUAUCAAGUCGAGAUCCAAAAGUUAAUUCAUCGCGCACAUGAGCAAGCAGCUUGCAUUCAAGAAUUAACUUCUGAGCAAAAGGCUCAGCAAGAAAACCACCUAGUGGAUUCUAGUAUCGAAAUCGUGGCUCUAAAUAAAAAAUGCGACGCCCUAGAAGCUGCUCUGGUGCAAGAACAGUCUAGCGCUAGAAUUUUGCAGAACCAGCUUAUCGAAAUUCAAAACAAGGAAGUUAAUUCCGCUAAAGAAUUAGAGAGAUUGAGAACGCACUUGGUCGAAAUGGAAUCAAGUUAUACAGAGGAAGCCCUAAUCGCCGAAAAUAAUCGUCAGGAGUUAGAAGCACGAUUAUUGCAAGCUGAAGAAAAAGUAAAAAGUAGUUCAACCGCUUUUACAUCGGCAAAUAUUAGGGCUAAUCAGCAAGUGGAAACGUUGCAGCAACAAAUAGCUCUGAUUACUCAACAAAGGGAUCAAAUACAGGCAAAAUUAUCCGCAGCAGAGGACAAUAUUCAGUUGCAGUCUGCUUCUUUGACUAAUUUACAAAUAGUUUUGGAGCAAUUUCAACAAGAUAAAGAACGCGAUGUCAUGGCGGCUACAGAAAGACUUCGAUCUCGACUCGCUGAGUCAUACGAGAAACAAGAUAAAUUAGUAGAUGACGCUUCAAAUCUUCAGCAACAGUUACGUGAAGCUAGAGAAUGCUUGAAAGCUGCCUCUAGACUAAGCGAACAACUCGAGAAAAAGGACGAUCAAAUCGAGCGACUCAACGAGGAAGUGGUACGAUUAACAGCAUCCUUAAAUUUUGCUGAUCAAAAGGUGAAAGAGGCAACGGAACAUGAUGAGGGAAAAGUGGACAAAAUUCUUAUAAAAAAUCUUCUUUUGGGCUACUUGGCUUCGACUACGUCGGACAAGUCUUCAAUUCUCAGAGUUUUUGCAAACGUCUUAGACUUCACCGAGUCGGAGAAAGAUAAGACUGGCUUGAAUAAUGCGUACAGUAGCCGUCAAGCCGACAAAAAUAGCGGCGCAUCUUUAAAAGAUCAAGAAGCAUCCUUAUCAACGGCCUUCGUGAGAUUUCUAGAAAGCGAAUCUAAGCCAAAGCCUCAGUUACCAGCUUUGCCUAUUCUAAAUUCACCUGCGACUCGACCAGGAUAUAAUAAACAACAAUCAUCAUCAUUAUCAUCAUCGGCGCAAUCUACAUUAUUGUCCAACGUUGCUCUUCCAACAUUCCCCGACUUUAUUCCAGCAAGAAAUACAGGCUCUAUUUUGAAGGAGGUGUUGAAGGAUAGUUGAUAUUUAAACGCAUUGUAUUAAAUAUUGUACAAAUAAUAUUAGGAACUAUAAUAUAAUCGAUUGCAUUUUAUAUCAAUCCGUAAUAGUUACUUCUACCGCCUGACUGCAUAUCACUUUAAUCAUUCUGCACACAAUUCUAAAAUCUAUUAAGUAAAAUUCUGUAUGCUCAUAUUAUACAUAUAUGAAAAAUAACAGUUUUGUUUCAUUUGAAAUAACUUUAAUGUAGCUAUAUAAUGUUACAAUGAACAAAAAGUAUACUAUACCGCUGCACUCUUUCGGCGCAGCAAAGUAACAAGAUUUUCUAUUUAUAACGAUGUGACAUCAUAUAUAAGUAUAAUAAAUACAUAGUAAAGUUUCGUUGUGUAACUAACGCGCGUACUAAAGGCAUAAAUACAAAAUAAGGCUAUGUAUUCAAACAAAAUUAGUGUACAAAAUAUAAAUCUAUUCAACGGGAUUUCGUAACACGUACAUUAUUAUCAUAUUUUAUACGAGAGAGAUAUAUAUAUACACAGAUCGGCAUUUCUUCAUUGAAGACUCGAUCAUACAAUAACUGGACAGCAUUAACAUUUUACGAAAAAGUGAAUAUACGUCGGUAUUUAUAGUCCGUUCUUAUUUUAAGGCCGUCUUAAAUAAUAUCUGAAGAUGCUUAUGCAACCCUCAGAUUGACUUAUGACAUCUUAAGACAGUCUCAAAUAUAAAAAUCGACUAUGAAUACCGGCCAUAUAUAUAUAUAUUUUUUUUUCAUUGAACAACUGAAGCUUAUAAAUUUCUCGAAAAUAAUCACGAAUAGACAAACUAUUA